CUAUAAAAUUGUGAAAAUGAAGGCUUUUCUGGUAGCAAAAGGGUUAAGUUCUUUUUGCUUUACCAGUUUCAAAUUACAAUGAGAAGCCUCUUCUUUCCCAGCAGGGUUGUGCUUACAUUACUCUUUAGAUCUCCCUUGAAGAGGGCUGGUAUAUUUGUGCCUGCUGGAGGUGGAAUUAACAGUUAGAAGGAGAAAGGGAGUGAAUGAACUUACAGGAAGGUUUUCAAGUAAAUUCAGGGAAACACAUUUACUUGAAUAGUACAACCUUGAGUCUUAUUUUACACUAAGACGACACAAAAGACGUUAAAGUUAUCACCAAGCUGCCGGACCAAUAUAUAUUCCAACACCAAGGUGCAGAUCAGCAUAGAUCUGUGAUUCAGAAAUCAGGAUUUGUCUUGGAAAGAGCUCAAGGGUUGAGAAGAACUCAAGAGCAAGUGAAGAUAACUUUGGGAACUACAGUUUAUCAGAAGAUCAACUUUCCUUGAUUCAAAUACCAAAGGCCUGAUUAGCAUCAAUCCCUAUAGGAAUGCAUAGGUCAUCUGAUCAAAUACUAUUAGCCUUCUUCUGCUACAUCAAUGCAGGAAAAACUCUUACCAACUGUGGAUAACUGGAAAUCCAAGUUUCAGCUUUCUUAGAAAUAACUACUCUUGACAUAUUCCCAAAUAUUUAAAAUAGGACAGGAAAAAUCAGUGAGGAUGUUAUGUUCAGAAAUGUCACUGUCAUGAAGAAUAGGUAAAUUUGUUUUUUCAGCUACUGGGAAAGCAUACCUCCUAGGAACUUAGAUUUUUUUUUUUUUUUUUUUUUUUUUAAGGGGACAAGAAGGACUAAAAAUAUCAACUUCUGCUUUUGGACAAAAAUGCAUCUGACUGUAUUUCUACUUAGGAGUAUUGUGGGUUUCCUCUGGAGCUGCUGGGUUCUAGUGGGUUAUGCAAAAGGAGGUUUGGGAGACAAUCAUGUUCACUCCAGUUUUAUUUAUAGAAGACUACGGAACCACGAAAGACGGGAAAUACAGAGGGAAAUUCUCUCUAUCUUGGGUUUGCCUCAUAGACCCAGACCAUUUUCACCUGGAAAGCAAGCUUCCUCUGCACCUCUCUUUAUGCUGGACCUAUACAAUGCUAUGGCCAAUGAAGAAAAUCCCGAAGAGUCGGAAUACUCAGUGAGGGCAUCCCUGGCAGGAGAGACCAGAGGAGCAAGAAAAGGAUACCCAGCCUCUCCCAAUGGGUACACUCGUCGCAUACAGUUAUCUCGAACGACUCCUCUGACCACCCAGAGCCCACCUCUAGCCAGCCUACAAGAUACCAACUUUCUGAAUGAUGCUGACAUGGUCAUGAGCUUUGUCAAUUUAGUUGAAAGAGACAAGGAUUUUUCUCACCAGCGAAGGCAUUACAAAGAAUUCCGGUUUGAUCUGACUCAAAUUCCUCAUGGAGAAGCAGUGACAGCAGCUGAAUUCCGAAUAUACAAGGACCAGAGCAAUAGUCGAUUUGAAAAUGAAACAAUUAAGAUUAGCAUAUAUCAGAUCAUCAAGGAAUACACAAAUAGGGAUGCAGAUCUGUUCCUGUUAGACACAAGGAAAGCCCAAGCUUUAGAUGUGGGUUGGCUUGUCUUUGAUAUCACUGUGACCAGCAAUCAUUGGGUAAUUAAUCCACAGAAUAAUUUGGGUUUACAACUCUGUGCAGAAACAGGAGAUGGACGCAGUAUCAAUGUUAAAUCCGCUGGUCUUGUGGGAAGACAUGGGCCUCAGUCAAAACAACCGUUCAUGGUGGCCUUCUUCAAGGCAAGCGAGGUACUUCUUCGAUCCGUGAGAGCAGCUAACAAACGGAAAAAUCAACACCGCAAUAAAUCCAGCUCUCAUCAGGACUCCUCCAGAAUGUCCAGUGUUGGAGAUUAUAAUACAAGUGAACAAAAACAAGCCUGUAAGAAGCAUGAACUCUAUGUGAGUUUCCGGGAUCUGGGAUGGCAGGACUGGAUUAUAGCACCAGAAGGAUAUGCUGCAUUUUAUUGUGAUGGAGAAUGUUCUUUUCCACUCAAUGCUCACAUGAAUGCCACCAACCAUGCCAUAGUUCAGACUCUGAACGAUUGCUUUGCGAAGCUGCCAAGGUCAUUGAAACAAGGGGUUAUCAAUCAUGUUCAUCUGAUGUUUCCUGACCAUGUACCAAAGCCUUGUUGUGCUCCAACCAAAUUAAAUGCCAUCUCUGUGCUGUACUUUGAUGACAGCUCCAAUGUCAUUUUGAAAAAAUACAGAAAUAUGGUAGUGCGCUCAUGUGGCUGCCACUGAUGUUAAGUAGUAAUGGUAACAAGAAAAAGAUCUGUAUUAAGGUUUAUGACUAUAAUAAAAAGUAUGCUUUCAGACAAGAAGGGAAUUUCAUAAAAUUAGUCUGGUUCAUUUCAUCUCUGUACCUAUGUACAAUAUUGUGUAUAUAGUCACUUUUAUUUAUUUAAAGGUAUAUAUUCUCCUUUGUGGAUGCCUUAUCAAUAAAAUCUAUUUCAUAGGUCUAUUACACAAUAGAUAGCCUGGUGUAACUUUCAAUGGGAUAUGCUAAGUCCAAUUCAAUUCCAUUUCAACAUUUUUUCUAAUACAAUUUUUUUAUAAUUUUCUGAAAUUAGACAGAACUCCUUUGCAUGUUAAUCACUGGUGAAGGAGAUUGAAUGCAUUUGGUUAUGUUGUGCCAGUGAAAACUGAUAGGAUAUUUAUUUAGAAAUAAAACUAAAAAAAAAAAAAAACCCAAACAAAAAUGCUUGGAUAAACACAAUUUUUCUUUCAGAGUUUCUGCUUCAUUAGAUAAAGUGAAAUGUUGACCUGGAUUUGAAUAAAUAAGCUGUAGGCAGAACAUAGAGGCUGAAAGAUUACACAUAAUUGUUAUAACUGUUUGCUUUAACAGAGUUGGUGUAACUGGAGGAGCAUGUUCCUUCUUGGCUUGUGUAUUGUAGAUUUUGCAAAGCGCUCAAAGCUUCAGGAAUUCUGUGGAGACAGGCUUGAGCCUGUGUCCAUAACUUUCCAAGUUAACACUAAAAAAUUGUAGUACAACCUUCUUACCUCAAAUAAAUCAUGUCUGCCUAUUAUCUAGAACACUACUGCUGCAGAUUUUUUUCAGAUUUAAAAACAGUCCAAAAUAAAGAAACAUUUACAUGCGCUCUACUUCCCUCCCCACAGACAAGAGUCACUGCAUACAUAAAACAUAGCGCGCAAAGAUGCCGACAGAGCCAUUUUCUUUAGCUCUCCUUUAUAACUGAGUUUGCUGAUUGAUGUGAUGCAAGGGAUUUUAUUUAGGGUAAAAGCACUGAAACUAAACUGAAGGAAAUUACCAAAAAUCCCAGAAUGGCUUUGACAGAAUUGCCAUUUCAAAAGAACAGCUGAAAUCCAUUUUUCAUAUCUUUGAGAACGAGCUCAAUGAAAACCUUAUUUUGUAAGGGGAUUUUGUAAACCUUCCUCCAAGCACAAAUAAUUCCAAAUGGGAAGGUUCUGUUGUGUGUAUGUGCAUGUGUAUUCUUCCCUCUGAAAUUAAUUUAUUUUCUUUCUUUGCCUUCUAAGGCUUUUCUUUAACACACAUUAACUUUCGGAAGAAUGACAUUUAGAUGGAUUACUUGCAAUUUAUGGUGGCUCCACGGUUAAGCUUAUUUACAGCUCAUCUAAAAUAUUCAUAAAGCACCAUUUAUUAAUCACAUUUUUGGACUUUUCAAAUAAAACUUAUAUCAGAAAUAGCUUCAAAAAUAUUAUGGUUUUUGUUUGUAAUUCAGGUAUAUUACAAUGUUGUUUUAAAAUAUAGUUUAUCAAAGAAAAUUUGAUAAUAACUAUAUUGGGGGGUACAUUAAUAUAUUUUUAAAUAAAUAGUGUACCAUUGUAAGAAUAAGAAACGGAAGUCUAUUAUAUGAUUCUUCAAAUGUGCUGUUUAAAUAUAUUUCUAUAUUUUAAAAUAUAUUAAACUUGUGAUGUUAGUUUCUACUGAUUUGGCUCUUUAUUUAAGAGGGAUACACAAAUGUAAGUAUGUCAUAAGCUGAGACUCUAAGAAUAUCAGAUGUAAAAUGUUGGUGGAUUACAUGAUUCCUUAUGUUGUUUUUAAUUGCCAAAACUGGUUUUUGUGUUUUUA